AUGUCCAAAAACUUCUGUUCAAAUCUUCACACGAGAAUAAAUCAUCAGAUUAAAUGUAAAUCUUCAAAUGAAGAGUGCUCAGUAAUAGAUGAAACUGGGAUAGUUUGCGGAGAAACCGACAAUCUUAACAUAUUUGAAGAAUUUCGGCUUAUUUAUGAAGAAUGUUUAAAAAAAUUAGAAGGAUGCCCCGAUUAUAUCAUAUUACGGAAAAGGUUAGCUCCAUUCAAAAAAAUUGUUGAUGAUUUAUGGCAACAAAAUAACAUGCUUGUUGAAGCUGUCGAAGAAUUAGAACAGGAGGCUACCUGCCAAGUAAAAAAUUUGCAGAACAAAUUGGAUAGAUCAUGUCAAAAGAUAGAAGAACAUAAAAAUGAUAUUAGGUGUUUAAUUAAAGUUAUUCGAAGACUUAAAGAUGAAGGUGUUUGUGAUUAUUCUGGACUAUCAUUUUUUACUUUGUGCCCUGGUUGCAUUUGUGGAGAAUGUGAAGACAGUUGUCUUUUUCCUGAUCAAGAUGAAAAAAAAAUUUACAGGGCAAACAAUACCCCUUUUAAAUGCAGUCAAUUAAAAAAUGAUUAUAGCGAUCUUAGUAGUUCUUCAAAUGAUACCUGUGUUUGUCCUCCUAGAUCGUUCGAAAAUAACGAAAUAAAUUGUCAGACAUUUUGUUCGGAAGAGCAUUUAAUACAAAAUAAUAACGUUUACAAUACGGAUAAUUUUCAUCAUCAAAUCGAACGAUUUAAUUACGAUUCGAAUAAAAUCGAACCGAUUUCGAAAAUGCCCAACAAAUGCAAUUGUAAAGAUAAUGAUGCAUUAGAUCGUUUAAAACAUCUCAGUAUUAAUUUAAAUUUUUCGAGAAAUCCUGAAGUAAAUUUAAAAAAUUUUUGA